AUUUAUUUUUCAAAACUCCAGAAUUGGGACAGUGGGGGUAUUUAUAAGCAAACAAGGGAAUAUAAUUUUAGUUAUUUUGACGAAUUGAUGCACAAAAGGAAGAGUAGAAUACAUUAUUCGUCUGCAAAAUUUCUUCAGUUAUUCUGCCAUUUGAGGGUUGCAAAUGGGAACGGAAGGUGAGCAAUUGACGGAGCAGGAAACUGCCAUCUAUGAUCGACAAAUUAGGGUUUGGGGCGUUGAUGCUCAGAGAAGGCUCAGCAAAUCCAAUGUGUUUGUUAGUGGGCUGAGAGGAACUAGUGUUGAGUUCUGCAAGAAUAUUGUUUUAGCUGGAGUAGGUAGUUUGACACUAAAUGAUGACCGGUUGGUGACCGAAGAUCUAUUAUUUGCUAAUUUCUUAACUCCUCCCGCUGAAAAUGAUUUCCGGGGGAAGUCUGUUGCUGAGCUUUGCUGUGAUUCUUUGAAGGAUUUCAAUCCUAUGGUUUCUGUUUCUGUAGAGAAAGGUGCUCUGUCCAUCUUCGAUGCUGAUUUCUUUCAGAAGUUUGAUGUUGUUGUUGUUAAUUGUUGCUCCCUUUUGACAAAAAAAUCAGUAAAUGCAAAAUGUCGCAAGUUGCCAAAGCGUGUUGCAUUUUACAGUGUAGAAUGCCGUGACUCCUGCGGUGAGAUAUUUGUUGAUUUACAGAACUACAGCUACUGUAAGAAAAAAAAUGAAGAGACAAUUGAAUGUAAAUUGCAUUAUCCAAGUUUUGAGGAAGCCAUUGCAGUCCCCUGGAGAUCUCUACCGAAGAGAAUGUCAAAGCUGUAUUAUGCAAUGAGAGUUAUAGAAAGGUUUGAAGAGCUUGAGGGACGAAAUCCUGGAGAAACUUCUGUUGAUGACCUUCCAAAUGUUCAGAAGUUGAGGAAGGAACUCUGCGAGGCACAUUCCUUAAAUGAAUCUCAGAUCCCAGAUUCUCUUCUGAGAAGAUUGAUAGCAAGUAUAAGUGAAUUUCCUCCUGUCUGUGCUAUCGUUGGAGGAAUUCUCGGACAGGAGGUAAUAAAAGCAAUAUCUGGCAAAGGCGAUCCUCUUAAGAACUUUUUCUUCUUUGACGCCAUGGAUGGUAAAGGGAUAAUAGAGGACAUAUCUAAUGGCAAGAGCUGAGGAUUGACCUGUGUGGUAAUGUCUCAUUUUCAGUUGUCCCUGUUCUCUCCAGAUCUCUGGUCAUGCUAAAUUACUCUUCCCAUGCUUACCUUCCAUGGCUAGUAAUCAAUAGAACAGGUAAGUAAAGUAAGUCGCCGCUUCGUGUCCCCAUACACAGUGAGGUGUUGUGAAAUGCAUGUUUUGUAAUGGAGAUGGAUCUACAGUGUAACAUAUGAUUCUAUUAGCGUUUGCCUAGAUCAUGCAUAGUAGCAUUAAGAAAUUCACUACUUAUCUAUGAAUUAUAUAUGAUUGUGAGGUCUAGUUAUUAUUACUA